AAAAAAAAAUGAGAGUAGUAUUUUCAGUGAGUAGAGCAAAUUUCCGGGCUGUACAUUUGACAAUGGUAUUUCACGCAAACUGUGAGCUUAUAGUCCACUCACUGCGUGUAUUUAGCAGAAAGAUCUAACUCCCUGCCUGCGGUUGAAUUCUUCAAUCGAAUCGAACAACACGGAGAUCCAAGAUGUUGGGCGGCAUGUUAGGGCGAGGAUUUAGCUCCAAAUGCAAAUCGCUGAUCAAGUUGACGAGGACGCGAAUCGACGUGCUGUGGAGGAGGAAGGAGGCGACGCAGCUGUAUCUGAAGAGCAACCUCGCUCAGUUACUCGCUAACGGCCUCGACACUGACGCCUACGGAAGGACAGAAGAAUAUAUCUCUGAACUGAACCUCUUGUCAUGCUAUGACUUCAUUGAGCAGUCCUGUGUACACAUAUUAAAGCAGCUUUCAGCCAUGCAAAAACAGAGUGAAUGCCCCGAGGAAUGCAGAGAGGCGGUGGGGUCCCUGAUGUUUGCUGCGGCAAGAUUUUCUGAUUUUCCUGAAUUACGUGACCUUAGGGAUACAUUUCAGGAGAGAUAUGGAAGUUCUUUGGAACAUUUUGUUAAUCAAGAUUUUGUUAAAAAUUUAGCUUCGAGGCCUCCAACGACAGAGAAGAAAAUCAAGCUGUUGCAUGACAUAGCAUUGGAGUUCUCAAUAAAAUGGGACUCCAGGGGUUUUGAAAAGAGGAUGGCUAAUCCCUCUGCAUCUUGCCAGGGCCGACCUAAGAAAUAUGGGCCAUUUCACGACCACGAAGAUAAAGACAAAUUUCCCAAGGACAAGGAAACUGUCACAAAGAUAGAUAAACAAAGUCAUUCGUCUAAAGAGAGGAAUGAGAUUUCUAGCGACAAAUACAGAGUGAACAAAGGCGGGGAGGUAAAUCUCUUGAAAAAAGAAGACUUGGACCAUCGCCACUUUAGAAGAGAAGAGUCAACUGGUAAGAGUCAGAAACCAUCCGCUGGUGGCGAACAAUCUAACCCAAAGAGAGACAACUUUGACAUUGGCCCCCGACCAAGACAGGAAUUCACUCAACAUAACCAUGAAUUACGGUCAUCUAAUGGGAAGGAGGACUCCGCUGCAAAGGGUGUUGGAAAAAGGACCGAAUUUGUUAAUAGGAGAUAUGAGGUGCGCAAUGAUAGUUUGAACAGUUUUGACAAUUAUGGUCAAUUGCACACUGCAAACACGACAAGCAAAGUUCAGGAGGAAGAGAGAGAUGGGUUGAAGCGCUACUCCAGUACUGCUCCCCCUCCGCCGUACAUCAAAUCGAGGGAUAAACUUGUCCCUCCGCCUUAUAUUAAAUCAUUAGACGCAAAACAUGUAUUUGAUGCAGAAGCUUCCAUGGACCCUUCAACCCGCAAGAGAGAGAAUGCAGUGCGUGGUUCAGAGAGGGUCCAGAAAGAAUCAAACCAUCCAAAGUAUGAGAAGGAUUUACCUUAUCAGAAUGAUAUACCCAUUCCAAGACCAAGGUCUAUGCGGAGAAAACACUCUGAGCCCUCAUCAUCGAGUCACGAUGAAGUUGGUUAUAGUGAAGUUGGUGGGCGUGUGAAGGGAAGUUCGAGUAGCAGGAGAAGAGACAGCUCAAAGGGAUUGCAUAUAUUGCUUAAGGACGAGCAUCAUCGGAAAUAUGAAGAUGAAAGGGUGAUCGAUAAUCUACUGUUGCAUUACAGUACAAAAACAUCAAACUAUGACCAAGAAACGGCAAGGAGAAAGUCGAAAAAAGCUUCCAGUGGGACUCAUAAUGUGCAGGAUGAAAUGGGUCCUCAUCCCACCAGAUGUGUUUCUCUCCCUCGUGAGCAAAUUGAUCCAGCAGAGCCAAUUGUAAAAGUUUAUACUCGUGCCAAUUCAUUUCAGCCGGAUAAGCCGGCAGGGCACGUGCAUCCCAAGUUACCUGAUUAUGAUGAUUUGGCUGCCCAGCUUGCCGCCCUGAGGGGGCGGUAAAAGGGUCAAAAAGGAAAAACAAUUGGAUUUGGAAUAUGGUGUCUUGAUUUAGUUACAUGAACAUUCCUUUGGCGUUCUGCUUUCCGAGAGCAGGAGGAGAGGAGCCCCUCAAACUUGUUCUUGGGGAGGAGGUGGUAUUUUUGGGUAUCAGGUACAUUAACGCUGUACAAACGUGAUGCAGCGGGCCUCUAAUGUGUGAGAGGAACAAAUGCACCACAUUGAUGUAACUGUUGCACAAAAAUACGUUCUCCCCUGGUCUACGCUCAUAAUCACCAAGCCGGAGUUAGUCCUAGACUUACAAGGCCUGCAACUCGUUGAUCAGAGCAUAUCCCUGAGUGGUUUUUUUCUAGCCUAUGCAUAUGGCAAGAGUUUUACAAAGUUCGGUUUCAAUCGUUCGCAAUGCCUGCUUGUGUUGUUGUAACAAUUCAUUGACACUGUUCGUGGUACAGAUUCCUGAGAUUAAUUGAUAUAAGUUGGAGAGAUUUUUCAA